CUGGAGGUGAACACUAGUCGAAAUUUGAAAGCGUCCUUUGGCCCGGUUACUUUACGUUGUGACACACAGGCUUGGUUCACAGUUAGAGACGUUUUAUUUUCACGCUAAACACAAUGGAUCCGUUCACCGAAGAGGACACCAACAUGUAUUUUUACGAAAACAGACUUAAAACGUUCGAGGGGUGGCCAUUCAACGAGGAUUGCACGUGUACCCCGGAGAACAUGGCCAAAGCUGGCUUCAUUCACACCCCGUCAGAGAACAGCCCAGACAUUGCAAUGUGUUUCUUCUGCCUCAAAGAGCUGGAGGGCUGGGAGCCGGAGGAUGAUCCAGAAAAGGAACACAAAUCUCAUUCACCAUCCUGCCACUUCAUUGCCCUGAAGAAGAAAAUAGAGGAGAUGACAGUGGAGGAAUUCUUCAAACUACAGAAGGAGAGGCACAAACUUCAUUUCCUCCACUCGCAGAACAAAUCCUGCAACGAGGCCAUCACCAAGUUCGAAGAAGCAGCCAAAGUGAGAAGAGCAGAUAUCAUCAAGACGGCCAUGGGAGAAGAGUGACACUUGAAUGGCUGCAGAUGAAUGACAUGGGCGGUGUGACAGAGAUUAAUUGCAGCUGGCAAAUGAUUGACUGGUUCCUCACUUUCCAUGUUUCUUUCAUGUGCUUUCAUGUCUUCUUUGUGUUGUAUCUGUCAUUUUUUAAAUGUUUAAAUGUCCUGUUUUAAUUCAUUAAACUUGUUCUUUUUGGUUACCCUAAA